AUGGCAUUGGUCCCAACGUUGGAGCGAGCGUUGGUAGUUGGCCGGCUCGUGUCGGUUUCAUCAAAGGAAUCUGCGCCAACGCUCGCGAUCUGUCCACACGUUGGCACUUUGCUCAGUUCUGUUGCAACACGCAGCAAGUGCGUACAUCGAGCGAGAAUGGCUUCCUCAUCCACAAAAUCGCCACCGGAAUGGACGAUUGAAAAAGUCAUAGAAUUUAUUGAACUUUAUCAAGCACAUCCAAUAAUAUGGGACGCAACUCGAAAGGAUCAUAAGAAUAAAAAUUUAUUAGCUGAUGCAUGGCGCACCAUUCAACAGAAUAUGGGAAUGAAUUUCUCAAUUGAAGAUUUAAAAAAAAAGCGAGAAUCAUUAAUGAGCACAUAUCGCCUUUACAGAAAGAAAAUUAGUGACUCUACUCGAUCUGGAUCAUCAACAGAUGAUAUUUUUAAACCAAAUUGGUUCGCUUAUGAGCUCAUGGAUAGGUUUCUUGCUCCGAUUUAUGAUAAAUCAGAUACAGUUACUAUUAACACAGAGACUAUGGAGUUUCCUAAUGAAGACAGCAAUCAAGAUAGAAGCUUUUCUAAUGAAGGCAGCAUUCAAAAUAGAAGUUCCACGUCAGCCAAAAAACGGCGAGAAUCAGAAGUCACGGAAGUACGAGCUCAGAUUAAGACAGCUGUAAAUGUCCUAAAAAAUCUCUCCGACCGACCACGAACUGAAGUGGACGAGGUAGAUUUAUACUGUCAACUACUGGCCAAAAAAAUUAAAAAAUUUAAUGAGCAACAAAGGGAGGUUAUAAUGCACGAUAUAGACGAACUUAUUUAUCAGAAGCGAAAUGACUCUUACUUAAAUAUUAAUAGCCCUGCUCGUAGCAGCACUUACUCGUACGUAAGGUCUACCCCGGAUUCCGUGCGUUUUACACCUACACCAUCUCCUUCAUCACAAAUGUUGGCGUACGAUAUGUCUACCCGAGAUUCUGUACGUUAUGCACCUAUAACAUCCCCUUCGCCUCAAGUGAUGCCAAGCCCGUCAUAUCACGUUGCUGAUGAUUAUAGUGAUUAUACAGUUGUAUCACCAAAUCAUAGCCAAGUAGAAUAUGUGACAGGUUCAUCCACCUCCACCACAUCUACUCCAAAGGUGACAAUUAUAUCAAAUGAUAUUAUCUCUCAGGCAUUUACUCUUUCUCAGAUACAAAAUAAGAAUUGA